AUGGCUUUAUCUCCUUUGAAAUCAAAAUCCUUCUACCAUGCUCGUUCUGUCAGCUUGCCUUCUAGACUUCAUCCGAUCAUUCCUCAUGUUGAUGAGCAUUUGAGGCUAAGUGGCCUUGAAAACAUGUAUGAUCCUUUGGAUGAUUUGCUUCUAUUGCCUCAUACUCAGCAAUCUUUUCCCCCACAAAGCCAGGAGAAAUGGGUUGAAGUUGUGCUGGAAAAGUAUCUAGGGCUGUUGGAUAUAUGUAAAGAAGGCAAAGAAGGUGAUCCAAAAGUAUCUAAAAGAUUUGAAGAGUGUCAAAACCAAGCACACUAUCGUAGGUCUUGGCAAAAGCCAGGAACUUUUGGAUUCACAAAUGAGGUUGAAGAAGCCACUAUUGGGGUGUUGGAGUCAUUCUUGUCCAAUAUUUCAGGAACAAAAGCAGAUUCAAGAUUGAGUGCAUUUUCUUUGGCUUCCAAACUAGUGCAUCGAAAGAUCGUUGCAUCUGAAAAUGAAGAAACAAAGAGUAACGUCUUUGACAAAUUUGAUGCUGCAUUACACUCGCUCAACAAUCACAAGAUGAGCAAAUCUAAUAAUGCAGUACACAUCGAGAAUGUGCAACACCAGAUGGAAAAGAUGGAGUCAAGCAUUCAAGAUAUUGAAGAAGGACUUGAGUGUUUGUUUAGACGGUUAAAUCAAAACGAGACUUAUCCUCCUGAACAUUCUCAACCAUUAGCUAGCAACAAAGAUAAAAACCGUAGUUCAAUAUUUUGGCAUCAGAAAAUGUCGCCAAAGAUUUUUGAUUAG